GCCCACUCGGUAUCACCUGCGCAAUUACCCGACAGCGGUUGCGGCGCAGUUCAGGUAUGCGGUUGCGGAGAUCAUGGAGUAGAAGUGUUAAUGUUAAUGUGUUUAGGUGUUAAUGUGAUAGCGCGCAGGACACCAUGUACACGAGCGAGCGCAGGCGCAUGAGCCUGCACGAGGUGAAGAGGAGAAACUCGGUCCGAGUCGCGGCUGGAAGUUUCUGGCAGGACUCUCUGGCUCUGGAGCUCAGCGCCAGCAAGUGCGUGACUUCUCCGCGCAGCCGCAGUCGCGCGUUGUCCGUGGUCUACGUUGUCGUGGAGGACGCGUCGGUGCCGCAGAGUGAGCAGAACCUUUCCCUGAGGUGUGUGAGGGAAGCGUGUGCGGAUUCCCACGCCGAGCUCCAGACCGUCCCGUUCGAGUCCAUUGCGCAUGCCACGGCCAGCACGCUGGAUACGUUCUACAACGCAGAUGUUGCCGUAGUUGAGAUGAGUGGUUCUCUCAGUCAUCCGUCUCUCUUCUAUCACCUUGGUGUUAGAGAGAGCUUCAGCAUGACCAAUAACAUCAUACUGUACUGCAACAAGCAAGAGAGUGACCUGCAGCUUCUCAAGGAGCAGUGUGGGAGCUAUACCUUCAUCGCUUACAUGGUGUCACCUCAGGGUAAAGUAUUUGCCUGUGAUGCGACUCUAAUGCGCGGAAUCACGGAGAUCCUGCAGCCUAGCUUUACCAUCGAACCUCUUCUGACACCUUUAGUGGAGCAGCUGGUCAAGCUGUUUGAGAAUGUGCACAUCCAUGCAAGCGAGUAUGUGCAUGAAUCGAUCCGGCGGGAGAUCCGGAUGGCACGUGAGCGUUUCAGUGGAGAAGCCCUGAGUCAGGAGCUGAACCGAAUCCAGAAACGCCUGGACACUGUGGAGCUUCUCAGCCCUGACAUAGUGAUGAACCUUCUGCUGUCUUACCGGGAUAUCCAGGAUUACGAGUCCAUAAUUAACCUGGUGGAAACUCUGAAUGACCUGCCCAUGUGUGCAGUGGCUUCACAGUCAAAUAUCAAGUUUCAGUACAUAUUUGCUUUGAAUAGGAGGAAUCGCCCGGGUGACCGUGAGAAAGCCCUAUCAGUCAUUCUGCCUAUACUACAGUCAGGAGAGCCAGUGGCCUCAGACGUGUACUGUCUCUGUGGACGCAUUUAUAAGGACAUGUUCCUGAGUUCUGGCUUCAAGGAUGCGCACUGCCGGGAUCAGGCCUGCUGCUGGUAUGGUAAGGCGUUUGAAAUGGAGCCCUCACUGCACUCUGGCAUUAACAACGUGGUGCUUCUCAUGGCUGCUGGCCAUGAAUUUGACUCUUCUGUUGAGCUGAGAAAGAUUGGCGUCACUCUGAGCAGUUUGCUCGGUAGGAAGGGCAGUUUGGAGAAGAUGCAUGAUUACUGGGACGUAGGUUUCUACCUUGGGGCUGGGAUUCUGGCCAAUGAGCACAAGAAAGUAAUAGAAGCCUCGGAGAAACUCUACCGUCUCAAAGCACCAAUGUGGUAUAUUGGAUCAGUCAUGGAGACAUACAUUCUGUACAAGCAGUUUGCCAAACCGCUAGUGGUGAAGCACCCCAAACAGGAAAUUGUGGACUUCUGGAUGGAGCUUCAUAUGCAAGCAUGCAAACCUACUCUUUCCACAGCACAUUGCCCGGUCCUGAUCCUGGAGCCCACUAAAAUAUUCCAGCCCAGCAUAUUGAGCGUGUGUGAGGAGGAUAAGAGCCGCACGGUGCAGCUGAGACACGUUACACAGCUACAGAAAGGCCUACAUGAGUGGACAUUCCCUGCAUCAGCAAUUCGUGGAGUGAGUAUCUCUAAAUUUGAUGAGCGGAGCUGCUUCCUGUAUGUGCUUUACAACUCUGAUGACUUCCAGCUGUGUUUCCCAAGCGAUCUACACUGCAAAGGAUUCUGUGAGCUGGUGAACUCUCUGAUCUGUCGGGGAGAAGGUGCAGGGGACGACUCCACCUUGGACAUUGGAGGACUGUUGGAGUACAUGUAUGAGACAGGAGAGAACGGAGAGAAAGUGGUGCUGGGGAAAGGAACUUACGGAGUGGUGUAUGCUGGACGAGACUUGAGCAAUCAAGUGCGCAUCGCCAUCAAGGAGAUUCCAGAGAAAGACAGCACUUACUCUCAGCCUCUCCACGAAGAGAUCGCUUUACACAAGAGACUGAAGCAUCGCAACAUUGUGCAGUACCUGGGCUCCGUCAGCGAGGGUGGCUUCAUCAAGAUUUUCAUGGAGGAGGUGCCAGGCGGAAGCUUGUCCUCGCUCUUAAGGUCAAAAUGGGGUCCUCUUAAAGACAACGAGCCCACCAUUGUCUUCUACACCAAGCAGAUUCUAGAAGGACUGAAAUACCUCCAUGAUAACCAGAUAGUUCACAGAGAUAUCAAGGGUGAUAAUGUCCUGAUCAACACAUACAGUGGAGUACUCAAGAUCUCUGAUUUUGGAACAUCUAAAAGACUAGCAGGAAUCAACCCUUGUACAGAAACCUUUACAGGUACUCUGCAGUACAUGGCUCCAGAGAUUAUAGACCAGGGUCCUCGGGGUUAUGGGAAACCGGCUGAUAUCUGGUCUCUAGGCUGUACCAUUAUAGAGAUGGCCACUGGGAAAACCCCUUUCCAUGAGCUGGGCAGCCCACAAGCCGCCAUGUUCAAGGUUGGCAUGUUUAAGAUCCACCCCACUGUGCCAGAGUGCAUGUCAGAGGAGGCUAAAUCCUUCAUCAUGCGCUGCUUUGAGCCCAAUCCUGAUAAGAGGGCCAUAGCGUCUGACCUGCUGAAGGACGCUUUCCUUAAGAGCAGCGCCAAGAGGAGGAGCAAACCUUCACCCAGCUUAGCUGAGACAGAGCCCAGCUCCUCUGCAGGAGAAUACCAGAGGAGCAUGUCUGUACCCAUAGCUGUGCAUGUGGAGGACGUGGACAGUGACAAGACAGAGCUGUCUAAUUCCCUCUAUCUGAGGAAAACUAUCCCUUGCCUUAGAGAAAAUGACAUCUCAGAGAGCCCUCCCUGCACCAACAACUUCCUGCAGACGCCAGAGGGACCACAGGGGGACAUGAUGAGUCCUGCUGUGUCAGGAGAGCAGCUUGGUCUCUUCUUGCUCAGGAAAGACAGCGAGAGGAGAAACACUCUGCACCGCGUCCUUACUGACUAUAUCAGCCAUGUACUGCACAAUAUAAACGAAUCGCUCCCACAGACUGAAGAGCCCUGCAUCACCUCUGAGCACAUCAAACAGCUGAUUGGUUGCCUGCGAGAAAACAUCCGCUCCCCAGACAGGAAGCAGCUAACCAACCGCCUCCUGAAGUUGCGCACUAGCCUGCAUAAUGACGCAGUACCUCUCUGCAGCCUGCAGGCGGCACUCUUCAGCUUCCAGGAUGCUGUGAAGAAGGUGUUGCGACAGCAGCAGGUGAAACCUCACUGGAUGUUUGCUCUGGAUAACCUGCUCAGACAGGCUGUGCAAGAUGCCAUUACCGUGCUUCUCCCAGAGCUCAGGCUUCAGCUCCAGUCAUCCUUCGAGGCGGAGGAGAGUUCUAAUGAAGCAGAACAGACGGGUGAGGAACCAAAUGCAGAGUCACACAAGGAGACUAAUGGCACGUCUCAGGAACAUCAGCAGCACAGGCCAGAGAGCGUCAGUGCCAGGCUGCCCAACGGCCUCGUCACCAGCUGUAGCCCCCUCGCCCAGGAAUUUAUCCUGUUAUGCCAGGAAACCAGGAGGUUGCUGACUCAGCUAAAUGAGAAGGAGAAGGAGUACCAAGAACUUCUAAAGAACUCGCUGCAGAACGUACAAGGAGCAAUAGACACACUAAAGGUCAAGGCUGCAACAGAGAGCAGUGAUAAUAAGGCUGUCUGCAAUAACGCUCAGACCCUGGCCAUGGUGCGCUGGCUGAAGGCUGUCCCAGUGGAUGAGCACACCGUAAACACACUCGUGACUCAUGGCUUCACGUUAGACAUCCUGCUCCAUAUGGCCUGCAGAGAUGACCUCAAGUACUGUGGCAUCAAAGGUGGGAUGGUGUGCCGUCUUUGGAGAGCCAUUUCUGCACAGAGGAAGAGUCACCUGAGCAUGGUCACGGAGGACAGUGAAGAAACCGUACUCUAACGCACCACUCACUCCAGGACCAUAUGAGGAUCAUAUGAGCUCAGUGAGCUUUGAACAUUUUUCUGUCUGGCAACAUGUGCCUUUCGUGUGAGACCUUGAUUUAUUUAUUCCGUUUCACCGGGGAAGAUGAACAAUGAUGGUGGAAUUGCUACCUUUUCUAAAAUUAUAAUAUACUCAUUUUCUGUGUAUGUUCUCAUGCUAUCUUUUGUGUGUGUGUGUGUGUGUGUGUAUUCAUGGGUACACAGUGUGUCUGUGCAUACGUAGAAGUAAAUGGGUUUAUUCUAGGACCAUAAGGGUUUUUAGUUUGUCCCUCUAGGGGACCCGUUAAACAUUCUUUGCAGAACCCUACAACAGUGUUCCCCCAUCAAAGAGGGUUCCACAUUGAAUCCCUUUAUGGAGCUUAACUAUCCAAAGAAUCCCUAAAAUACUUUUUUAUAAGAGUGUGUGUAUGUGUUUAACUAUAUUAUAUAUAGUUAAAAAGAUUUUAGGUAUACAGACAGGUGACAAACGAAAGGAAAAACCAACGAAGCGUCUUAGUAAGGUGUUAGAUCAAAACAAGCUGCCAGAAUAGUUUUAAUGUGCCUUGGGAAGUACCUGGAGCACCAUUCUUCUGAAAGACAGAGGUGAUCAGACAGAACAACUUUGGAUUGAUCCUCAGUGACUAUUUCCUCUAAGGGAGCAAGUGGUACCCAAAGCAUGCCAGAAAAACGUCCCCACAGCAUAACAGCCACCGUUUUUCCUUUAGUUUGUUCCCUGUGUGUAUGUACAGCUGUGGGAAUACGUAGGAUUUGAUUUUAUUUAUUUUGAAUGUCAAGUGUUUUCACCUCUCUCAACUUCAGAAGCAGUUUGUUGGCCUUAGUCAGCUGAAAAAUUGUGAACUGUUUAAAAAGAUCUGUUUCUCUGGAAACUUUUUGUACUUAUACUGUGAUUUUUACCAAGUCUGUUUUUUAUUACUAUUUUAUUACUGUUACUUCAUGGAUUCUUCAGAAUUAGACAGAACUUGAACGUGUAAUCUGUAAUUGUUGUUUAUUUAAAGCUUCCACUCUACAGUGAACCCACUUUUUACUGCAACUGUAAGGCUUCUUUUAACACCAAAGACACUACAAAAUAAUGGACAUUAAAGUAAUCUGUGACUGUUUCAGCGAGUCCUGUUUCA